CCAACCAUUACAGUAACGAUGCACCGUCCUCUCCAUGCGUUGGGUCGUAGCAAGUGGAUAAUGGGAACUAGAAUAAGGACUUUCGAAUGCUCAACUUUAGUAGGAUAACAAACGGCGGAGUUUUGAUAUAUAUUUCUUGUAUUAAAUGAAUGGUACCGUUAGCAUUUAUAAAUGCAUACGACUUCAGUUUACAAGUUAAAAUUUGGAAUUGAAGUAAAGUUGAUGCAAACGACCUCGUCUCACGUAAAAGGACAGUGCAUCUCGUUUUUCUCAGUUAGCUAGCUUGCUCGAGCAACUCGGGAUAAGUAAUCUACGUUAGCUAGUUAACUGUAGUCAUCCAACAGUUCUGUAGACAGUAGCGGUAGCAUUGUCCUUGAUUCAAACAUCUAUAUAUGUCAUGCCAUAUCGCUCUUUGAUUUAGCAAACAUCAGUGCACUGCACUGGUUAGCAUGUUAACGUUCGCUAAGCCAGGGUUAAUAAGCGACGCUAGCUCUAGCUGUGUUUACCAGUGAGAGGGUUAGCCAAUGCUAGUUAGGUUGCUGGCAAGCUGCACAAAAGGAAGUGUAGCAUCAAUAUAACUUAUCUUACACUAAAUUGUUGCCAUUCGUGUUUGUUUUGUUAAUCAGCGUAAAGGCAGCUCGCUAACGUUAGCUAUACAUUCUAAGAUAGCUAAGACAGUCGGUUCGGGCAAAAUGAUUCCCGAUAAACCCCCCAGAGAUGAUGUUUAUCAAGCAGCCAGUGACUUACUCAAAGAUGCACAUGUUCCCACCUUUGAGAAAUACAAAGAACUCUACCAGAAAUCAAUUGAAAACCCAGAAGAAUUCUGGGGCAUUGUUGCAAAUGACUUCUUCUGGAAAUCCAAGCACACUGGCCAGUUCCUGGACUACAACUUUGACAUCACAAAGGGCAAAAUCUAUGUCAAGUGUAUGGAAGGGGCCACCACCAAUAUCUGUUACAAUGUCCUAGACAGGAAUGUCCAUGAGAGAAAACUUGGGGAUAAAAUUGCCUUCUUUUGGGAGGGGAAUGAGCCUGGCGAUGAGAUGAACGUAACGUACAGGGAGUUACUCAAGCAAGUCUGCAAAUUCGCCAACGUCCUGAAGUCACUCGGAGUGAAGAAGGGUGACCGCGUUUCCAUCUACAUGCCCAUGAUCGUGGAGCUGGUGGUUGCCAUGUUGGCAUGUGCACGCAUUGGAGCGGUUCACUCCAUUGUGUUUGCAGGAUUUUCGGCAGAAUCCCUUUGUGAGAGGAUCCUAGACGCUCAGUGUUCUUUGCUAAUCACUGCUGAUGGAUUUUACAGAGGAGACAAGCUGAUCAACUUGAAAGUGAUUGCAGAUGAUGCACUCAGGAAAUGCAGGGACAAAAACUUCCCAGUGCAGAAGUGCAUCAUGAUAAAGCACUUGUCCAAGGAAGAGUCUGUCUCCCCGGCUGGCUGCCAGUCUCCCCCAGUGAAGCGUGCUUGUCCCGACCUGCAGCAGGAGAAACAGAGAGAAAGAGCCAAGAAAGUCCACCCUACACCUCAGGUGCCCUGGAACCUGGAGGUGGACCUCUGCUGGCACACGCUGGUGGGUGGGGCCUCCGAGGAGUGUGAGCCGGAAUGGUGCGGGUCCGAGGACCCUCUCUUCAUUCUCUACACCAGCGGCUCCACGGGCAAGCCCAAGGGCGUAUUGCACACGGUCAGCGGGUACUUGCUGUACACUGCCGCCACCUUCAAGUAUGUGUUUGACUACCAGCCUGAUGAUGUGUACUGGUGCACAGCAGACAUUGGCUGGAUCACAGGCCACUCCUACAUCACCUAUGGGCCCCUGGCCAAUGGGGCCACAAGCGUGCUGUUUGAAGGAUUGCCUACCUAUCCGGACGUGAGCCGCAUGUGGGAGAUCGUCGAUAAGUACCAGGUGACCAAGUUCUACACCGCCCCAACUGCCAUUCGCAUGCUGAUGAAGUACGGGAACGAGCCGGUCCACAAGUUUAAGCGCCAGUCCCUUAAGGUGCUUGGCACGGUGGGGGAGCCCAUCAACCCCGAGGCCUGGCAGUGGUACUUCAGCGUGGUCGGCGACAAGAGGUGCCCUGUGGUGGACACCUUCUGGCAGACAGAGACAGGAGGGCAUGUUCUGACACCAUUGCCAGGUGCCACACCCAUGAAGCCUGGAUCAGCUACAUUCCCCUUCUUUGGUGUUGUUCCUGCUAUUCUGAACGAGUCUGGGGAGGAGCUGGAAGGACCAAGCGAAGGCUAUCUGGUGUUCAAGCAGCCGUGGCCAGGAAUCAUGAGGACAGUGUUUGGAAACCAAGAGAGGUUUGAGACCACCUACUUCAAGAAAUUCCCUGGGUACUAUGUUACAGGAGAUGGUUGCCGUAGGGAUAAGGACGGUUACUACUGGAUCACGGGGAGGAUAGAUGACAUGCUCAAUGUGUCUGGGCAUUUGCUGAGCACGGCGGAGGUGGAGUCGGCGCUGGUGGAGCACGCGGGCGUGGCGGAGGCCGCGGUGGUGGGGUGCCCCCACCCCGUGAAGGGGGAGAGCCUGUACUGCUUCGUCACCCUCCGGGACGGGGUCGGCUACAGCGGGGCGCUGGAGGCCGAGCUCAAGAAGCUGGUAAGAGAGAAGAUUGGUGCAAUUGCCACUCCAGACUACAUACAGAGUGCCCCUGGCUUGCCCAAAACCAGAUCAGGAAAGAUCAUGCGUCGCGUGCUGCGCAAGAUCGCCCGGGGCGAGCGGGAGCUGGGCGACGUGUCCACGCUGGCCGACACCUCCGUCAUCGAGCAGCUGUUCGGAAACCGCUGCGCCACUGCCAUGUGAUGUGGGCAGCGCUUCAACUGGGGGGGGGGGGCAGAGGGGGGCUAUAGUGUGGGACCAGGAUAAGCAGUCAUGGAUGUGUAAGAUGUACUUUAGCAGGCUGACGUGCCAAUGCAUGGUGGAGAUAGGGGGGCACUGCAGUAACAAUGCAGCUCACUUUGGUGGAAUGUUCCCCUGAUGCAAUUACAUUUUGUACAUUUUCAACACAGAGCUCGCUGCCUUUCUUUCAUUUUUUUUUGCCAGAUUUUUGCCAUUUUUUAGCCUUUCUUCGUUAUACGUAGGGGGUUUCAGGUUGUUUGUAACUCAUUUUUCACUUGCUAAUCCAUGUAACAUUGUUGUGUUAUUUUGUGCUGCCCUUUCAUUUUCACUCCGCUCUUUUUUCAGUGUGUUCUGUGCAUUGUGCUUUGAAUGACCUACUACUGUGGUGGUAGUAUCAGAAUGAUUACCAUCACACCAUUCUUGUUUUUUUCCCUUUUGUGAUUAGGUGUGUAUGACUAAAUUAUUUCAUGGUAAAAAUUUCCAUGUUUCAACAUAACUACAAAGGAAACGGGUUGGUAUUUGUUAGAGAAAUAAAAACAUGCAUUUGAACGUAUAUUUUUGUUACCAUUUCCUGCACUAGAGAGUAAAUGAUUCAAGCUUAAGUAGUCAGAAUGUGGUUUCCGUCCAGUAUUUUUUUAAAAGUAGAAAAUACAGGUUCUCGUAUAUAGUUGAAUAGCAUUUGAGUAAAUCGGGUCUUUGCAAAAUAUGUUCUUGUUGUGGCCUAAAUAGUCAAUUUACAACAGGUUUGCAUUUUGGCAGGGUUGGCUGGUCUGUCUGUUGAGCUUUGGUCCUACCCUUUGGACUACGACUUGUCUGUAGUUUGUCAGAAAUAAAUGAAUGAACUCCCAGUAUAAGACCCUGCCACUGUCUAUCAGGGAAUGCUGGGUCACUAGAGUUCAACAAACACGCCAUAGAGGUUUCCUGCUGUUUGAUUACUGUGCAAUUAUACCGUUAUAUCUCAAUUCAGUGAGAUUUCAUGUGGUCAUUUAUGCAGUUAUUGGUAGUUCCUCACUGUUCAGUCGAUCAACCAGGAAUCUGAUCAGGGAGCAAGAAUGAGUUAUUUAGGUCUAUUUAUUUUACUAAUGAAAUCCGUGACUUGUGAAAGGAAAUGUUUUGUUUAAUUAAUGCAGAAAUUGAAACUGAAUUAAAAUGUGGAGUAGAUGCAAGUGCAUGUGAACAAUUUAAAUGUUCAUGUUUUGUCUGUGAUUUACCCUAAUUUAUUCCAUAACAAAUGCAACAGAUUUAGUUGAAGAAAGGUUAUGAACCUCUGAUUUACUACCAGUUACUAUCCAUACUCCAUGUUGUUGUUUUCUUAUAGUUGUUUAUUUCUGUGCUUAGUACUCCCUUAGGGAAAUGGCCAUGGUGAUAUAAGCUUGUCAGGAUCAUAGCUACUGUACGCUAAAGCAGUUCUUCCUCAUUUGUAUCUGCUGGCAUCUGUUUUGUGUGAUUUAUUUUUUGUAUUGUAGGUCCUGGAAAAUUGUAGUUUUUAAUUAUCUGUGUAGUAUUUUGCUUUCUUUUGGCACUGCCUUUAAGUAUUAAGCAUUUUGUCAAAUAACUAAAAAUACCAAAACAUUAAAGCGUAAAACCUCAGUAUUUAUACUGGGCCCUGUUUGCGAUGUUGACGUGAAUGAUUGACCUAAGUGUUGUAAUCUUAUAACAAAGCACAGUGAUUUAUUAUUUUUUAACUCGGCAAACACACGGAUGUAAAAUACAUGAAAUACCUCUCUUGUUUAAUCUACCUGAACCAUCUAUGGAUCAUACUGUUCAGGCUGCAGGAAUAGAGAUUCCUGGAUGGAUGUUGACUGAACAGUAACUGUUGGCUCUCAGGUAGGAGUCAUGCAUUCAGGUUUUUUAUUCAUUGCAGUGUAACUGGUCUGAUCUGCUCUUUCAGUUGUGAGACCUCACAAAGUUGGUAAAUUGAUUGAAAUUUAUUCUGCAAUCACCCAGUUGAACAGCUGGGUUUACAAUGAAUGCAGGCAGAUCUUGUUAAUAUAUUUAGUGUGAUUUCUCAAGAAAUGGAAUACGUCAGGCCUAAAUGAUGGAUAGUGGACUCCAAAAUGAUUUGCAUCCUUGAUAAAGACCCUGUAUUAAAUAUCACAGGAAAUGAGCUGUAACUCUAUGCUUAGAAAAUUAUAAUUUCUUUUGUACUAAAUCAUUUUGUGCAACGUAGUUGUACUCUGUUGACAGUUUUGAAAAUUUUAUCCGGUUAGGCCAUUUUGUAGUUGCUUUCACAGAGCAUGUCUUGGGGAACAGCUUAAAAACAAAACCAUGAUGUGAUAUUUUAAUAAUGCAAUAUAUCAUUUUGAUAGUUGUAGGCUUUGGGAAACAUAAUUAUGUAUGUUGGCAGAACUGCAUUUGGAAAAGUGCUGUAAUUUGUGAUAACUGGCCUAUGGAUAUAUACUCCAUUUUAAGACUUUUCAGACUGUCAGUUUGAGUUUCUGUGAGUUUACUUUUAUAAAUGCACUGAAUUACUGACUCUUCAAAAUUGCUAGAUUUUUUUAAAGCUCUUUUGCCAUCCAUGUAAUUAGGCACCAUGUGGCAGACUGUAGUCCUGGCCUAUAUUUUUCUACUUUUCAUGCUGUUAAACCUGUCCAUUUCCAGCUUUAAGCUGUGCACUAAUUAAGACAUUGAAUAGACAUAAUUAAAUAAAAGAAAAUGGUUCCCCAACCCCCCUUACUGGUGUAUAUAAUUGGAUAUAUCUGUGCACUUGAGUGUGGACUACUUGCUAUGCAAAUAAUGGUGGCUGCCAAGUCCCUAUAAAAUGUCAGUGUCAUAAGUGGUUUUUGUUGGUGAGUGACUGAAGUGGUUCUUGACAAGUAUGAAUUCUCAUGUGAUACGCAAGAAUUUCAGAGUAAUACUGCCCUAAGGCUGGCCAGAAGCUAUGCCAUCUUGUAUUUAUCUUGUGAGAAAAGACCCAGACUCUGUGCGCAAGUCUGCACCAUUAGUUUUUAUCCGGAAGAUAAUAUAGGAAAUUUGGUUUAUUUUGAAACGAGCAAUAGUUUGCUAGUAAGAGACAUACUUCUGUCUGAUCUGUACCAUGUAGAAAGCAGCACCCUCGGGAGUUGCUAUCUUUUGGAUCAGGAUUUGGGUUCCAGCAUCCCUAUCUAAAUCAAAGGUCUUUGCACAUAUUUCUUAGUAACUGAAAAGCUUAAAUCUGAUCUGACCCAUAACAACAGUUGUAUUUAAGCCUUUUAGGGAUCUCAUGAAUAGUGACAAUAAAUAACGCGAAUGCAAUGUAAUCAGUUUUCCUUCUCAUUCUCCUUAUAAGCCCAUCGCAUAUAUCUUAAUUAAGUUACGUCUGCAUUACCAGAAUAUUAAAGUCAAUAUUAAUAAAUGGAAAUAGACUACUUGCACAGAUAUUAUAAAGGACUAUUGGCAUGUGACCACAAGGUGGCACCAUUGCUGAAGGAAAUAUGUAUAUCUACCUGUCAUGCAGGCUAGAAACAGAUCUUGUUCUUCAUGAGAAAUAUACAGGUUUUUUUUCUCUAGCAUUCUGUUGUUAUGUUGAAAAACACGACACACUGGAACUCUUGUUUUGGUGUUGAUUUUUGGUCGAGGUUUGUUUUCUAGUGGGGCAGACUAAUGUUGAGGUGUUGUUUGCACACACUGAGAAGUAUAUCCUCACAUUAAGGAUCUCAAUGCUAUGGCGUUUGGGGGAUGGUUCCAUUUGAAUAAUUCAUGCUCUAGUGCUUGUUCAGGUUUGAGGAGAGCUGUGUUUUGUGUCCUGUUUGUGUGUGUCUGUGUGUAUUUAUCUUUGACCUUGCCUUUCUUUUGUUUCAUGGAAGAACCGCAGUUUGAAUCACUAAUGGGCUGAGGCUAGCAUAAUGAUGGACAAAGCGAGAGAUUUGUUCUCAUGUGAUGGCCUGGUGUCUGAUGUCAGUUUUAUGCUGUAAUUUCCCAAAAAAUAAAGAGGAAAAAAAUCCA